AUGCAGACUGCUUCUACAAACAUUUGUGAAAGACUGUGCAAUAACUCCAUCUGUGAAAUUAACUUGCUGCUAAAUAUUCCACGGUCAACUGUUAGCAUUAUUAUAACAAAUUGGAAGCAACUGGGAACAACAGCAAUUCAGCCAUGAAGUGGUAGGCCACAUAAAAUGACAGAGCGGGGUCAGCGCAUGCUGAAGUGCAGCGUGUGUAGAAGACGCCAAAUGUCUGCAGAGUCAAUAGCUAAAGACCUCCAGACGUCAUGUGGCCUUCAGAUUAGCACAACAGUGCAUAGAGAACUUCAUGGAAUGGAUUUCCAUGGCCAAGCAGCUGCAUCCAAGCCUUACAUCACCAAGUGCAAUGCAAAGUGCUGGAUGCAGAGGUGUAAAGCACACCAUCGCUGGACUCUA